UCACCCUGUUAGGAAGAUUGUAGAAAGAAAAAAAAAAAAUCAGUUAGAAAGAUUCUAACAAGCAGAGAACACAUUUGAACAGCCUAUCAGAAACAUCUGUGUCAUAAGAAACAUACCAGAACUAACUUGGGACCACACCCAAAUAAGACCCUCAAAACAUGCAUCAAUGUACUUUCUAUCUCUUCUGUUUCUCUGACAUGAUGCCUCUAUGAAAACCAUUUAUAUAGCCACCAACCAUGCUCAGUUUACACAUCCCUUUCCCCAAAACCCAUCCUGCAACCCCACAAAUGGAGUAUGAAGAUGAGGAUUGGUUAUGUGUAACUAUGGAAGAGUUUUCUCUUGCUACUGAAAAUGGUUCUAGCAAACAAAGGAUAGGUCGAAAGAGGAACUAUGAUGAUGACACCAGAGAAUUCAAAUCAAAAAACCUAGAGACAGAACGAAGGAGGAGGGAGAAGCUCAGUAGCAGACUCUUGAUGCUUCGUGCUGUAGUGCCAAUCAUCACAAAUAUGAACAAAGCCACAAUUAUUGAAGAUGCCAUCACCUACAUUGAGAAGCUUCAAGACAAAGUCCAGAGUCUCAGUCAAGAGCUUCACCAAAUGGAAACCACUUCAGAGGAAACAGGAGACACAAAAACAGAUGAAAUUGAUGCUGCACAAGAUAUGAAGGAUUUGGGAAUACAGGAAGAAGUUAGAGUGGCACAAAUAGACGGAAAGAAACUCUGGGUUAAGAUCAUCAUUGAGAAGAGAAAAGGAAGAUUCAGAAAAUUGAUGGAAGCUCUCAAUAAUUUCAGCAUUGAACUCAUAGACACCAAUCUCACAACCACAAAAGGAGCAUUUCUUAUUUCAAGCUGUAUACAGAUGAAUAGAGGAACUAUUAUUGUAGAUGCUAUCACCUACAUUGAGAAGCUGCAAGAUGAAGUCCAGAAUCUCAGUCAACAACUUCACCAAAUGGAAGCAACUUCAGAGGAAACAACAGAGACAAAAAUAGAUGAAGUUGAAGCUGUGGAAGAUAUGAAGAAUUGGGGGAUACAGGAAGAGGUCACUGUGGCACAAAUAGAUGAGAAUAAGUUCUGGGUCAAGAUCAUCAUUGAGAAAAAGAGAGGAAGUUUCAGCAAGCUGAUGGAGACACUCAACUACUUUGGCAUUGAGCUCAUGGACACUAAUCUGACUACCACAAAAGGAGCAUUUCUGAUUACAAGCUGCAUACAGGGAAAAAAUGGAGAAAGACUUGAAAUUAAUCAAAUCAAGGAUGUGAUACAAGAUAUUAUCAAUGACAUGUAGAGAAGUUGCAAUGGACUUUUAUCAAUUACAUAUGAAGAAGUUGAAAAGGACUUUUAUUUUUUUAAAUAAUGAUUACACUAUUACUGGAAAUAAGAUAUAUAUUUCUUUUUGUUACAAGUAUGAAUAAAUAAUGCACAUCCAUCCCACCUCUCCCAUUACAUGUAGUGUUUUUUUUUUACUAAAAGAUUGUUACAAUAAAAUAAAAUUAGUAGAUUUGAAUGGGCAUAGAGUGUCAGUUCCUAUUUUUUUUAGUGAAAUCAAUCUUACUCCUAUAGCUUCUUUUUACAUGUUCUUUUAUUUUUUAGUUUUAUCUUUGUUUUACUUGAAGAUUAAGUAAAUGUUAUAAAGACUAAAUGAUCAAAGAAAAAUAAUAUUUUCCUUAUGAAGAAUUCGUGUACUGUUAUUACAUAUAAGGGAUGCUGGGAAGAAGGGAUAUACACAUAGACAAGAACCUCAAAACUCUGUGUUUACUUGAACCAUAAAAUAAAAGACAGCUACAAAAUAGAACUACCAAUGUCCAUUUUCUGCUCAUAUAUUUUGUUGUACUUCAAAAUGGAGAUAGAUUUCCAAUGCUGAUGAGGAGAGAGGAACAUUAUAUAGAAUAUCUAAAUCUGACCAAACAAGUUCUCAUUAAUUUUCAGGCUUUAUAACAAUUAAGAAAGAUACACUAAAUAAAUUCACUGUUGGCCAGCAUUAUUGACUAUAUUGUCAAACCAAUUAAGCAGAUUAAAACCUCAAUUUUCUUCCUUUUCUGUCUCAGUUUGAUUUAUGAUCUUUAU